AAAUUAUGUUUAUGUAUAUUAGUUUUUAAGAAGUUAAUAUUUAUAAAUAACUUAUUGUAACUAUAUGUACUAUAGCAUAGUAGCAUUGAUUUUGAUAAAUAGUCACUUAUAUUCUUGACUAGUACAAGAACCAGUAUUUAAAAUGAUCAGACUAUUCAACCUAUAUAUAUACAAAUGCGUGGUGGAAUAUCCAAAAUGUUUGUAGGUACAAGUAACAGUAGAGAACAUGCAAGAGUACCGGCACGUGGAGAAACCAGGGUGGAAGCUGAGUUGGCAUUGGCUCAACAAAGAAGUGAUAUGGGACAUGAGAGGAGCUGAGACGACCGAGCAAGGCAAUUGCUCUGCCUUUGCCUCCAGCAACAACCUCCCUCACUGCUGUCUCCGCCGACCAACUAUCGUCGAUCUUCUUCCCGGAGCAUCUUACAACCUUCAGGUCUCUAACUGUUGCCGUGGAGGCGUCUUGACUUCCAUGUCUCAGGACCACGCCAAUCACGUCUCUACUUUCACAAUGGACAUUGGGAGCUCUCCUGAUGACCCUGAAGAGUUCAGUAUCCCUUAUAACUUCGAUAUUGGGGUCCCGGGUUAUAGCUGCGACAAUGCCACAUCCGUGGCCCCGACCAAGUUUAGCACAGACAAGGGCCGUCGCAAAACGCAAGCUCUAGCAACAUGGGAGGCAGUGUGCGUGUACUCGCAGUUUCGAUCAUCACAAUCACCAAAGUGCUGCGUUUCACUCUCAGCAUUCUACUACCAAAACAUCGUUCCUUGUCCUACCUGUAGCUGCGGCUGCUCGAGUUCCCCUUGUGUCAAGAAAGGAGAGAUGCCGCCAUAUCUGGAACAGAAACAUGAUCCAUAUGAGGAAGUAUCACCUGUGGUGACAUGUUCGGAUCAUAUGUGUCCUAUCCGCAUCCACUGGCAUGUGAAAGUGAACUACAGAGAGUAUUGGAGGGUAAAGAUCACGGCAACGAAUCUCAACACAAUGAAGAAUUACACUAAUUGGAACUUAGUGGUGCUUCAUCCAAACUUGAAAAGCGUCCAACAAGUCUUCAGCUUCAACUACAAGUCUUUGACACCAUAUCAAAACAGCAUCAAUGACACAGGGAUGUUUUGGGGAGUGCAGUUUUACAACGAUGUUUUACUUCAGGCAGGAAAGAUUGGGAAUGUGCAAACAGAGUUAUUGCUAAAGAAGGAUAUGGGAAAUUUCACUUUCAAAGAAGGAUGGGCAUUCCCAAGGAGGAUCUUGUUCAAUGGGGAUGAAUGUGUUAUGCCUUCACCAGAUGACUAUCCAAGGCUGCCCAAAUCUGCUUCACUUUCUUCUUCAUCUUCCUCUACUAUUACUAUUAGCUUUGUUACCGUCGUUUUCUGUUUUCUCCUCCAUCUUCUACUUGUUUGAUGACAACGUUUUCAUUUAAACCCUGCAUUAUUUAUAUUUUUUUGACAAUUUCAAGAAACCAAAAGCCUCUUUUAAAGAGAGCUGAAUUUAAUUUUGCUCCAAGUAGCUUA